AUGUGGGUAUCAAGAGGCGCGGGGGGAGGGGGUGAUGCGCCGAUUUCUCCGAAUAAGAUUAAUAAAUGCAGGCGGGGCGGGGGACACCGCUCGGCUAAUGACACGCCGCUGCAGAUAUUUUUUAUCGCGAAUUUAAAACAUAAACUGGUUGCGGCGGUAGCUGUGAGCGUCCCGCCCGCGCCGCGCGCCUCCCCCACCGUCGCCCGCCACCCG